UAUAUAAAAUAUGGCUUUAAUGCAACCAGUGACUCACACGCUCCAAGCCCGUGUGUGAUAUGUGGAGACAAGCUGACUAAUGAGGCAAUGACGCCCUCAAAGCUGCUUCGGCACCUUGAGUCCAAGCACCCUACACUUAAAGACAAACACGUUGAGUUUUUUGAGUGGAAAAAACGUGAGCAGGCGGGACAGAAGCAAGUGCUGAGAGCCACAAAUGCUGCUGCUCUGAGGGUGUCAUACUUAGUGGCUGGCUGUAUUGCUAAGACUGUUGGUGAAGAACUGAUUCUGCCUGCUGCCAAGGACAUGUGUCCUGAACUGUUGGGAGAAGCUGCAGCUAACAAUGUGGCACAGGUUUCUCUUUCAGUUACCGCAGUUUCAAGGAGAAUCGAUGACAUAGCGGAGGACAUCGAAGCACAGCUGUUGGAGUCACCAUGGUAUGUUACCCAGGUCGACGAGUCUACCGAUGUCAACAACAGGGCAACACUGCUGGUUUAUGUGCGACAUAUAUUUCAAGAUGAUGUGCACGAGGAUAUGUUGUGUGCAGAGCUGCUGCCAACUAACACAACUUGGACAGAACUAUUCAAGUCUUUGAAUGACUACACGUCAGGCAAACUGGACUGGUCAUUCUGUGCUGGAAUAUGCACAGACAGGGCUGCAGCUAUGACUGGACGGCUGUCUGGUUUCACUACCCGAGUCAAAGAGGUUGCUCCUGAAUGCCAGUCCAUACAUUGUGUCAGACACAGGGAAAUGCUGGCUAGCCGAAAAAUGUCACCUGAUCUACAGCAUAUUGAAUGACGUUGUUGAAGUUAUCAAUCACACCAAAGCAAAAGCCCUUAACUCACGUCUGUUUGAGCAGCUUUGUGAGGAAAUGGAUGCAGAGCACAAACACCUUCUCUUACACACUGAAGUCAGGUGGUUAUCAAGGGAAGAGAGCCCUGGCCAGGGUUUUUGAGUUAUGAGAGCCGCUACAGAGAUUUCUUUCAGGAAAAAAGUCACCACUGGCAGCACACUUCGGUGACUAGGAGUGGAUAGCAAAACUUGCUUAUCAGUGUGACAUCUUCAACCUGCUCAAUGAACUCAAUAUGUCACUUCAGGGGAGAAUGACAACAGUCUUCAAGUUGGCAGAUAAAGUGUCUGCUUUCAAAGCAAACUGGAACCGGAACUGUAAGGACAGUGAGUGGACAGGGGCAUAUUUGACAUGUUCCCAACAUUAGCUGGGAUUUUGGGAGAGACUGAGGCUGCACUGUCCUUCUCAAAGCUGGUGUGUGAUCACCUGUCUUCACUGUCAACAGAAUUCAAGCCUUACUUCCCAACUGCAAAUGACCGAAGACGUGCAAAGAAAUGGGUCCGUGACCUAUUUAUGAACGUCCCCAGUGAAUCAUCCAUGUCAGCAUGGGAAGAUGAUUAACUCCUCGAACUUACAAAUGAUGGUGGGCUGAAAAGUAUGUUUGACAUAGCAUCUCUGCCGGCAUUCUGGAUCAAAGUCAAGGCUGAAAAUCCUGAGAUAGCCACGAAAGCACUGAAAACAUUGCUUCCAUUUCCAACAUCAUAUCUCUGCAAAGUGGGGUUUUCUGCAAUGAAUGCAAUGAAAACUUAAUUGUGGAAUAGACUGGACAUUAGGAGCCCCCUUCAAGUAUUGCUGUCUCCCAUCACCCUUUGAUGGGACCGUCUUGUUGCAGGGAAACAAACCCAGGGCUCCCACUGAUUCAGCGAUAUUGAUACUGCCAAGUUAAUGUAAAAGAGACAAAUUAAAGAUCAAUACUCUGGAUAUUGUUGUACUUCCGCUCAGGCAAUACACUUCAAUCUUGUUUUGAGACUCGUUUUCAAUGACUCUCCAGAGCAAAUGAACAAGGAAGAGGAAUAUUAAUAAUCGGAGCCAGCGGUAGAAGCAUACAUGGCUUUUGCU